AGAUAGAGAGAGAAAACAGAGAAAAGAAAAAGGGGGAAGAAAAAUCAGAAAAAAGAAAACCCUAGAAAUCGCCAUGAACAGAGCAGCACCAGCAGCGACAGCACCAAGAUUAGAGUUACGAACAACAGCACAACUAAUCAAACAAACCUCAGUAUCAUUCUCCACAAGUUUGUAUACAUUUUUAUUUCUAUCUUUAUUAUUAUUCUUUUUUAGAACUAGCGUUGAAAAUGGAACUUUAAUAAUAACUUCAUUCAUCGAUCGAGAUCCAUCUUUAAAAGCUUUAUUAUCUCGUAUUGAUUUAUCUGGUAGAAAUCUCAAAUCAUCAAAUACAGAAGAUAAUAGUUUCAGCAGUAGUGGUAGUACUAGUAGUGGUGGUGGAGGAACGAGUAGAUCUAAUUUUAAUAAUAAUCGUGGGAGAAGGAGAAGAAGACCUUUUCUUCAUUUAAGUCGAGUUGGUACUUUAGAUGAUGAUUUCUUUUCUAAUGAUGAUGAUAUUGAUAAUGAUAGGGGUUUGUUUGGUUUUGGUAAGAAAGGGAUGAUUAAUGUCACUACUGUGAAUUUGAGUUAUUUGUUUAGAGGAAGUGAUUAUGAUGAUGGGGUUAUGUUGAAUGAAAUUGUUGCUUCUGGUGGGUUUCAAUUUAAAGAUGAGGGUUUGGUUAUGAAUGAUGGUGGUGGAGUUGUUGGGAAUGAAGAGGAAGAAGGGGAUUUUCAGUUUUUUAUGAAGGGGUUGGAAUUGGGUAGGCGUGAUGCUGCGGCAUUGUUCUUUCUUGUGAGUUUCUUAUCUGUUGCUUACGGAUGGGUGAUUCUAGGGUAUUUGGUAACGCAUUCGUGUAUUCUUGGUAUUGUGUUCUUUGUUGUGGUGAAUAAUCAUUUGGGGAAGCAUGUUUCGUUUAUGAAAAAUGUUUGGGGAGGAUCGAAAUUAGGGGUGAGGAGGGUUUCUGGGUUUAUACUUAUGAGAUGGGCUGUUAGAGAUGCAAUGACGCAACUUCUUGGUUUAUGGUUCUUUAGUGAAAUUGAAGAUCAACACUCGUUUUUCAAACUAUUUAUUAGGUUGAAAUUGAUGCCGUUUUCCGUUACUUCUCCCUGGAUAGUGGGUUAUGAAACUCAGAUUUCGGGGUUUCUGUUUACUUGGUUUUUGUUGGAUGUUGUUGUGGCUUUAGUUUUUGCAGUAGAUUCUUGGGUUGCUAUUAUGGAUAUAAGAAUGAGUGGUAAAGAAAUUGUGAGGGAAGGAUGUUAUUUGAUAUCAACAAUGAUGAACCAGGCAAUUCAAUUGAAGUGUUAUGAAGCAAUUCUUUGCGGGUCUUUUGUAAGAUGGAUCUUGGUUCAUUCAUUUGGGAAUAUAUUUGCCUCGGCUUUUCAAUCGAUUGUGGAGGUUUACUUUAUGGUUGCUUGGUUGAUAUACUACUUUGCAGCUAGGUGUAGGGGCACCAGUUCUGAUGGGAGACGGUUUGGGCGAAGAGAUCUAGAAGACUAUAUUAAUGCUUUAAGAUGAUUUUCAGUUUAAACUCCUGCAACUGCUUAGCAGGGAGAGGUUUCCAUGUAAAACUAUAAUUGUUACAAAGUGUAAAUUAUAAUUUUCGGUGCAUUUUUCAAUCAGAUUCCCUGUUUGUAUGUGUCAUGCGGUGUAUCUUUGAAAGUAGUAGGCUGUGUACUUUGAAAUCGCUUGCUAACAAUAGAACUUUCACCAUGUUUUGAGCA